AUUCAAGGGACGGCGAGUGCAGUGUGUACUAAUGGACAAUGGGCGCCAUCGCAACUCGGUACUUGUAUAGGCUUCCCUGGAAAUGGAGGAACUUCUAUUGUUUUGCAAGAUAUACUACUGAUUUCAGCGUCAACCUGCCCAGCGGUGGCGACACCUUUAGGGGCCAUCUUGUCAUACUCAAACUUGGCACUACUGGGACCAUUUCCUGAAGGCACCACCGUGACAGCCAGAUGCCUUAAUGGAGCGGCAGUCAUAGGUGGGAAAUUGUAUGAAAUCGAGUUAAACACAGUGUAUGAAGUGAAAUGUGAAGUGAGAAAAGGGUGUAUAGCAGGCCUUAUGCUUUAUUCUUUUAGUAGUCUUUUAGGAGUAAGCACAGCUAAAUGUACAAGUAGCCAAUGGGUGCCUUCUACUCUAGGCACAUGUCCUUCAUCUGGAAGUGAGUCUGGAACGGAGUUCCCGUGCUAUCUCGGAUUGCUCGAACCGCUGAACGGCUCCAUCAGUUACACGAGCUCAAAGCUGCCGUAUCCGCCCGGUACUAUCGCAACACUGACGUGUAAAGUCGGCUACAUGGUGUCCGGAGCAGCGACAUCUGUAUGCGUCAAUGGCUCCUUCACUACCAUCGGCACAUGUAACGCUCUUUGGUUACAACGUCGUACUUUCAACGAUGUUGUUGGACCAGAAAACCAGGGGUUAUUUUGUGAAGCGCCAGCAGCACCAGCUUUCGGAGAGAUCACUUUCUCCAACACUUCUAGCCCCAGCGGUUUCGUAUCAGGGACAACGGCGACGCUCCGGUGCAGCUUUGGUAGAUCGAUAACCGGUCCCUCAUUUUCUAUAUGCUCUCAAGGCAUGUUCCGACCAGUUCUUGGACAAUGCACAAAUGACAAGCAAAGUGUGUUGCCCUUCACUGGAGUGUGUCUGCCCUUGUCGGCUCCCACCAACGGCCGAAUUACGUAUAUUCAACCGAGACGGCAAGACAAGAUCGAAAUCGGCACCACUGCUCUUCUGUACUGCUUGGAAUCGUUCGCCGUGACCGGACAGGCGACGGUGGUCUGCACUAAAAACGGCUGGCGGCCUGCCACCGGACUUGGGCAAUGCGAUUCAACGAAUAGCAUCAGUGCUUCACUCAGAGUCUGA